AUGAGAGUGUUUCAACUACUAUUCCUCCUCAUUAGUCAAUUCUUGUCAUUGACAUUGGCCAACAAACACCCACUUCCACCCAAGGCAACAACGCCCUACCGCAAGGUAUUCUUCAACUACCAAAACAAUGCUGUGUGCUUAUACGCCAACGACACCAAGCAUACUAAAUUUGACAUUGAAUUUGAAUUGGCUAGAGAUAAUGAAACUAUACCCGUUUUGAUCUUCAACUACAAUGAUAUUGUUCAUUUCAAAAAUCUUCCCAAUUUCAAUGAUUUCUUAAACCAUACCUAUCUCAAUCAACAAGUUAAUGAUGUGGAUGGACUGAGUUUAUUAUUGGUUGAUUCAAGUAGUAAGCGAGUUGUGUUCAAUUUACAAAUGCACAAUAUAGGACAAGCUUUACCAAAGCUGGUUUAUUACACCACUGUCAAUAAUGAUACCAGCUAUGUUAGUUAUGGAGUUGAUAAACCGGGUACCUAUUGCAUCUAUAUGCCAUUGUAUACAUAUGAUGGUAAUAUUAUCCAGCCAACCAAUUAUCGAGCUGAGAUGUCUGUGGAGGAGUUUACUCCCGUUAGUGUUUUCCAUGACAUUGCUGCAUCGUUAAACAUUGCCAUUAUGUUUGGAACAACUUUGGUGUUGUUGAGUUACUUAUACCCAGCAAUCAGAGCCCGUAAAUUUGAUAAAUUGCCACCAGUGAUUCAACAAUUGACACAAUUAUUGAUUGUAUAUGUCGGUUUCACAUUGAUACAGUUUGCCCUUCGUUUGAUCUACUUGUUUUUGCCCAAUGAUUUCAUUUACAAGUUUACUGAAGAUUAUUUUGGUUAUUUUGCUCAAGUUUUGUUAAACAAGUGGCAGAAAUUUAUCAUUUCUCAAGUUUAUUUUGGAUUAGGGUAUACCAAUAUCCCCUCCACGGCAAAAUUUAUCAAGUUUUCCAAAUUGAUUUUCCAAUGGGCAUUUGUGAUUAAUCUUAUUGCUAUUAUCGUAUUGGAUAAUUCCAUCAAUGUACCAAUCCCCUUGACUAGUAUCUUGAUCAAUGAUGAAAGGUAUCUGAUUUAUAAGAAAUCAAUUUUGGUGAAUGAAUUUUAUGCCAAUAUUGUCAUUAAUCAAAAUUCUGAUUUGCUCAAAUACUUGUUCAAGUAUGCUUCACAAACGCAAUUGAUUUGUGGGUUCUUGAUGCAACUUUUACGUCUUGUUUGCGGAUUCCACUUGAGCUGGAAAUUGAGGAAAUUUACAAAGUUGGCCAAACCAAUGAUUGUAACCAUCAUGAUUCAUUUAAUUGCUUGGACUUUAUUUGGUAAACAAUCGAUUUAUGUCGCAUUUGUUAGGUUAAACAUUGGUGGUGUUUUCGAUGUUGGUGAGUUGAUGGAGAAUAUUGGACAAUUGUUGGAGAAUUAUGAAGUUAAGUGGGUGGGACUUUGGUUGGUGGAGAUUUUGAUGAUUUGGUUUAUUUGGUCUACUGAUAAACCUUAUGAUUAUAGCGUUGUUGUGAAAGCAGAAGAGUUAAACAAGAAGGUCAAGGGUGACAAGAAGGAGAAGAAGGAGAAGAAGAGCAAAGAUAAGAAGAAGGUGACUGAUGAGAAGAAGAAGGGGAAGGACGUGACUGAUGAGAAGAAGGAAGAGCAGAAGAAGGAGAAGGAAGAGACUCAUGAGAUGGAGGAGACUCAUGAGAAGAAGAAGAAGGAGGAUGACAAGAAACAAGCAAAGUAA